UUAGACCGACGACGAUAAUAGGACGCGGCUUGCUCGAACCAGCGAUAAGGGACACAUACCAUCGACAAGGCGAAACCCUAAAACCGAAAUCAUCCAAUCAGCUGGUUUCUGGGUUCCCUUAGAUUCCCCCGGAACCGGACGCGGAGGGUACCGCAGCGGAAGAAUUAGGGGAGCUCGAACAGAGCAAGAUUCGUCUGUCCAAGCCUCGGUAGAAAGAGGAGAGGAGGAAUAGCUGUGAGGCGGCCGCUCGGAAGAUGGGGAAGAAGAAGAAGAGAGCGCCUUCCAAGGUUUGGUGCUACUACUGCGAUCGCGAAUUCGACGAUGAGAAGAUCCUAGUCCAGCAUCAAAAGGCCAAGCACUUCAAGUGCCACGUCUGCCACAAGAAGCUCUCCACCGCCGGCGGAAUGACCAUUCACGUCCUUCAGGUCCACAAGGAGUCCGUCACCAAAGUUCCCAAUGCAAAACCUGGAAGAGAAGCAACGGAUAUUGAAAUAUACGGAAUGCAAGGAAUUCCGCCUGAUGUAUUGGCUGCUCACUAUGGAGAAGAUGAUGAUGAAGCUCCAUCUAAAGCUGCAAAGGUGGAGAUUCCUUCUACUCCAUAUGUGGUUCCAGGUUCAUUGCCUCUUGGAUAUCGUCCACGACCUUUAGGCCCGGGCCCCCCAGUCUACAGUUCUGGUGCACCUGGAGGUUGGUCAGUUCCUCCACGUCCCCAGACUUGGUAUCCACAGAAUCCUAUGGUUUCUGUACAUCCUCCAGCUCCUGCAGGAUAUGGUCAGCAGCCAUUGUUUCCUGUGCAAAAUGUGAGGGCUCCAUUAGGCCCAUCGCCACCUGCAACCGUACUUCCUGCUCAGGUGGCUCCUCCUGGACUGCCUUCAUCCACACCUCCAGUUCCUGUGUCGCAGCCUCUGUUUCCUGUAGUUAACAGCAAUUUACCACAAAGCCAACCAUUUUCGGGUCCUUUGCCGCCCCCUAGUAUACCACCUGGAACUUCUGCAGAACUGAGAGGACAAACAGAUAUACACUCUGGAAUUAACAAUUAUACCAUGCCAGCUGGAUACCAGGUUUCUAAUUUGCCAGGUUGGUUCUUUUGCUGGCCUUGCAUCUUCGCUUUUUUGAAAUUAGCUCCUAUUAUUAAGAAGGUAAAGAGUAGAAGCCAGCUGCAAGGAGUGAACCAAGUACUGGUAAGGAAGGCUGAAUCUUUGGCAAUUUUUGCAGUCUGCCUCAUGAAAUCUGGCCUGUCAACGUAACAAGAUAGAAUGCUGCUAUUGUCAUGCAUAAUAAUUACGGUUCUGUCAGACUUAAACUGUGAUUUUGGUUGUUCAAGCUAUUAUAAUAUUCUAUGCUAACUAUUUUGUCUGCCCAUGUCUAUUGUUGGUUCAGCAUUUCCUAGUUCACAUUCCUAUGCUUCUGGUCCAAAUACUGCGGGUCCAUCUAUUGGACCGCCUCCAGUAAUUGCUAACAAAGCUCCUCCUGCUAACCAGCCGAGUGAAGUGUAUUUAGUUUGGGACGAUGAAGCCAUGUCCAUGGAGGAAAGAAGAAUGUCCUUACCUAAGUAUCAGGUGCAUGAUGAAACUAGCCAGGUAAGUUAUGACUACCUCUUUAGUAUUUGGGAAUUGUUUCCUCAUCUGACCAGUUCGGUAGGCUUUACAUUCUGUGUUUUCUGAUAAAAAACAUUUGUUAUGAAUUGUUUCCUAUUCAUAUGGUAUUUCUGUUUGCCUUUGAAUUCCUUUCAAUCAAGAAAUACAUAGUCAAUAAAGUAUUUCUUUUGAUUGGCGACCUGUUGGUUGAGUGGCACAAGGUCUUGUGCUUGACUUGUAUUGAUAUGGUUUGCUUGUCAAUCCAACUCAACAUGUAGUUAUGGGAAGAUAUGAGCAUGUACACAUUUUAUUAAUGCUGGUAGUUAGUAAUUACCCCUUUGGCAAGCUUGGUGGAAUUCCUCAAGUGUUCUCCAUCAUAUCAUCAUUCUCGGUUGAGCAGAGUGUAUCUAUUUUGCUUACUCGAAUGAAAUUUUAUGUAUUUUCCUUUAUGUUGUUUCCCCUCCCUAUGCUUCACUUUGUGGGGGUUGGAUGUGCACAAAGAUAGUAUCAACGGAAUUUCUCCAUACAUAAGAUAUAUCAAUUUAUUUUUUACGGCCGAACAGUGAAAUCAGACUUUGGCCCAGGUCAGCUUCUUUUGCAGAGUUCUGUAUAUUUUGCAGAGACCAAGCAUUCAGAUAUAUGAGACCUCCAAUUGUCUUCCUGGUGUUCAUCAACUGAUCAUUCUCUUCUGUUGUUGUGUGUUACAGAUGAGUUCCAUAGAUGCAGCUAUUGACCGAAGGAUUCUUGAGAGCAGGCUGGCUGGCAAAAUGGCAUUCUAGAAUCCAGGCUCUUGCCAUUCAUGGAAAUCUUCAAGCCAGAGAAUUCUUUUUGUUGAGAAUGCAUAUCCCUCUUUUGAAGUGCUAGCGAUUAACUCUUUUGAAGCCAAGCCAUUCCUCCUCAAUGAACUAGCAGAUGGUGUGUAUUGUUGUAUUCCUGACAAGAAAAUAUGGAAGAAGAGCUAUUCUUUGGAGUACAACCAGGACUCUGCGCAACUUCUUGGCCUAGAAUAGGUGAAGUUAUAUGCAUUUAUGUUAUUCUAGCUGUGAUUUAGAUUUUGAAUUUUGGUUUGAUGCAGCCGCGGUUUUCGUUUCUUCAUUUGUUAGGGUAACCUUUGUUGCUUAGAAAAGGAUGUUCAACUGUAACAUUAUGUGAGAACAAUACAUUGAUUUUUGUGUCUCAGACCUGAAACAAUCUA